GCGAGCGGACGUGUUUUUGUUUUGUUUGUUUUUUUCAUCAGUGCCCCGCGCGAGUGCCGCAAUUACUCGAACGUACCCGUACCCGUACUCACUUACUCAUUUACGCUUACGUUAACGUCUGCUCGGUGACUUUGCGCGUCGUGUGGAAACGCUGUGACUGUGUUGUUUUGAUUUCCUCAACGGACCACCGGGCAGCAUUAUCAAUGGUGGGCGGUAAUCCGAGGACCAACUCCAACUUUCUUCCACUCCAAGCCCCCUCGAUCCACCACCCCUCUACACUCCCCCCCAGCCGCUGCUCCGAACCAUGUCUGAGACGAUUCCAGCAGGAGACACAAUCUGUCCAGUAAGUGAAGCCAAGCGCCAGGAAGCCGAGAGCUACAUCGACGCGCCGCUCAAGAUUAUCGAGCCCUUCGAGAGACUCGAGGAGGACAACGACCAGAACCAGGAGCAGGACCAGGACCAGGACCAGGACAAAGACAAGGAAGUGGCCGAGAAGAACAGCCCAGAGGAGGAGCAGGAAAAGCCAGUUGAGGAGCAUCACUCCACAGAGAUCAAGGCCAAGAAGUCCGUCAGCUUCAAUCCCAACGACGAGAAGAUCCGUAAAUUCACAUCCGGCGAGCCCAUUGUCGACCAAAAGAACCCCUUUCGUAAUGGUCACGUGGCCAACGGCCGGGAGAAGAAGACACCGCCACCAGUGCCCGCCAAGCGUUCCACAUUGAGUGUCCGCAAGACGGUGACCCAGCAGCUGAGAGAGCGGGAACGGGAGCGCGAGAAGGAGCGAGAGCAGCAGAAGAACGAGGCCAACGCACGACGGAGCAAGGCCUCCUCUGCCGCUAAGAACUCAGCCCCAACAACGCCUGGCGAGGAGUAUGUAACCACCGAGGAGGUGCUAAAGCAAUCCAAGUAUGUCAAGACGUACAUUAAGAAUCCAGACGCCUAUUUCGUCUACGAUCCCACGGUGCUGGCGCGGAUCAAAUUCGAGGAGCUGCAGGAGAUAGCCGGCAAGCUGCCCAAGCGCAAGCAGGCGGCCAAGGAUCCGCGCGCCGGAACCAAGCAGCCACGCGUCCACAAUCCAAAUCAGAAUCCCUCAUCAAAGCUCGCCUUCAAGAAGUGCUCCAAGCCCAACUACCCGGAGUUGGCCAACCUGAAGAUACGCACCGGCAUCUCCGAGCCGGACACCGAGGGCGGUCUCUUCCUCAAUCCAGACGAGGUGACCAAGAACGCGCGUAAGUUCGACGAGCGCGUGAAGAAGCUGCAGAUUAGCUCGGACGAUGACCUGGACGAGAUCGACGGGCCGCUGACCAAGAGCGAGUCCAGUGACGAGCUGGCCCACAGUCCGGUGAAGCCAAUGAAGCCGGCAAUGAGUGGAGGACCUCCAACCAUUGGCGAGGGGGGAUCGCCGUCGUCGCCAUCGUCGCCCCUGGUGGGCACCUUUACCAACACCAUAAGCUCUGACGAAUUUCAGGCCUAUUUGGAUCGCAAGGGACUGGCGUUGAUGCCCCGCCGGGAUCUGUCCACGCCCAGGGGUACGCCCACAACGGCCACACCCACAUCCACGUCCACCACAUCGCCGCCACUGAGAACGGCGGAGGAGCGACGACAACAGGUGGCCGAGUCCCUGGCGGCUUUACGCAAGAGUAACACCAAAAAGUUAUCGGUUUUGCAGCGGCUCUCCCAGAGCCUAUUUCCGGCGAGGCGAAAGACCAUGCCCAAGCCGGCAUCCACCAUGCCGCGAACCUUGUACGGUGACCCGUCGCCAAAGGAGGAGAUACGCCGAAAGACGGACACGACGACAACGACGCCAGCCGAGAUGCGUAGAGUGCUCCUGGAGAGUCGUCAGAGUCAGAGUCAGGGUCGCCCUGCGCCGGUGCCAACGCCGCGGAGGAUCGGGGACUUGCAGAAUAGGAAUCCCACAACCACGCUCCAGAGAUCGGCUCCGGAACGCCAGAGCCUUAUCCCGCGACGCAUUUCGCCGGAGGCCCCGCCUGCCAGCCGCUUUGGCCGCUCCAGCUCCAUGGAUCGCAGUCAGAUCCGGCUGCUUGGACAGCGACGUUCGCUAGCCGCAGAGCAGCAGCAGCAGCAGCAACAGUUGCAGCAGCAGUUACAGCAACAGUUGCAGCAGCAGUUACAGCAACAGCAGCAGCAACAGCAGCAAAAGCAACUGCUCCUGGCAACGCCUGUGGCCACCUCGACACCUGUGCGCGGCCAGAACGAAUGGGAGCAGCUGAGGGCCAUCAAGGAAGUGACGGACCGCCAGCUCUACCACAAGGUGCUUCAGCAGCAGCAGCAGCCACAGUCGCAUCCGGUCCAAAAGCUGCAGCGGCCCAGAGAGGAGAUUUACGAGCACCUUCAACCAGUACAGCAGCAGCAGCAGCAACAGUUCCUGCGCGGCUCCCAGCAGCGCAACACCUUCUCCGGCAUCAGUGGACGCCACCGCCAUGUGAUGAUCUUGGACGGCACGCCCAUUGUCCCAAUGCAGCAGGUUCAGCAGCAGCAGAUCCAAGUCCAGCCGCUGCGCUGCCAGAGCGUGCUGGACAACAUGGUGGCCAGUAGUCCCGGCCAGAGCCAGAGCCAUGCUUUGCGACGUGGCUACGAGAGCGAAAGCGAAGUGACGCCGGUGGUGCUACGUCGCAGGGAUCAGGGACAGGGACAGGGACAGGUUCAGACACCGUCCCGCCGCAUCGGAGGACUGCUGACCCGGGAGGAGAUCCUCGACAAGGUCAAGGAGUUCUGCCGCAAGAGCAUCAGUCGGACGCCACUGCCGGCGGCCAAGUUGCAGAUGCAGCCCAUCUACGAGCGCCACAUGACGCCACCGAAUGCGGAUGUCUCGCCGGUUUCCUACGCCUCCGUCGACGAUCAGGGCGCUCGACCCCAGGUUCCUCUGCGGGUGCAGAGCCUGCCCGUCCAGCAGGUACGCUAUCCCCAGGUGGACGGCUCCUCGCCCAUCUACGCCCACGUGAGCAAGCGCACCAGCCUGCUGUCCAAUGACUCGGACCAAUACCUGUCCAGCCAGCAGCUGGGCCUGCUCGGCCGACCGGUGCUCCUCGACCAGUUCGUCCUAGUGGAGACGGGCGAGGGACAGGUGCAGGCCGCCCAGCUGGUGGACUAUCAUCAUCCCGGCAACCUCUACGUGUCCCAGGGCCAGGGCCAGGGCCAUGGCUAUAUGAUGCAGGACGGCCGGACCACGCCGCUCAUCCUGGACCGUUCCGCCCAGCAGGGAAGCCAGAUCUACUGGACGCCACAGCGCCACAAGCAGCAACAGAUGCUGCAUCGCUUGUUGACGACGCCACCUGCUCCGCGGGGCUUUCAGCCGGUGACGCCUCGACUCAGCCUGCCGGCCACGGCGAUGGGAGGAGGACAGCAGAAGUUUGUCACGAUGGUGCCUUCGCCUAGGAACCACAUCCAUUCCCUGGCUAAGAACGGCCACGCCUCGGACUGGGAGCUCAGCUCGGAGGCCGGCGAGGUGCGGCGCAUCAUGGAGAAUCACUUGUAAGACGACAGCGCAGCGAUGGAUAUGGAGAGGGAGUUGGAGAUGGAGGGCAGCACAUCCGAAGAUUUAGGACGAGCCAAGGCCAGGUCCGCGUCCGGGGAGGAGUCACUUGGGAG